AUGAUUAAAUUCGUUGACGCACGGCUACCGAGGCCAGAUUUCUCCCGGGUAACUUCCACUUCGGUCUCUGCGACAUCCGCCUCUCCAGCUGACUGGUACCCGCUAGGAGUUGUCUUGUAUACUAUGCUGGUCGGGGAAUCGCCAAAGGACAAUCCUCGAACAACGAUCUCCUUUCCGGAUUCCACUUCAUCACCAGCCUGUCGACGGCGUAUCGCCUCUCUUUUAGAACCGGAUGAAGAAAUCCGAGUAGGAUAUCAUGACUGCGUUCAUUCUGAGUGGAUGGCACUUCAACCUAACUGGAUUUUUGCAGACCAGCAUUUCGUCUAUCAACGGUGUUUGGUUCUUACUCUUUCAACGUCGGAUAUCUACAAUUUGGCAAAGAAGAAAAUCUGCGGUUUUGAAUGGCAAGCUGAAGCUAUGAUAGACGAACAGUUUCUGGACAUUUUCCUAUGGUGUAAUCAUGAAGUUGAGGGGAACUUAUGGCGAUGUAACGCGAGGGUCACGAUUAUUUCUUUAGGCGUCAAUGGUGCUUCGGAUGCUAUUCGCAAGCAAGUCACUACAUUCCACACAAGUAAUCGUUUCAUGACGUCUACAAUUCUUCGCAACGAGCUGAGCAUGGGUGACAUUUUAAUUAGACUAGAACUAUACGAUAUUUUUGGAUAUCGAGAUUUUGUUAUGUUUACUAUUGAUUUCACGAAACCGUCGCCCUUAACCGAUCUUAACGUUGGGUUUCAAAAUAGCGAUGUAAGAGUUUAUGUGAAUACUCAGUAUCUUUCAAUCCACUCUGCAAAAUUCGCUCACUUAUUCGUGCGGAUAAAACCUGGCUGUGCAGAGAGACUUUGUCCAGCUACUGAAAACAAAUCUGAGAGUGACGAAGCAGAAGUGAAACACUACAGUGGUGAAGAGAUUUUCGGAGCAAGAACAAAUGACGUCGAUAACAUGUGUUUCCUCCUUCCGAUUUGGUUUCAAUUUUUGCUUCACAGACAAAAAGCUCGUGAAAUAAUGGUCGCUUUGUUUCCUCCCUUCAACGCUUCAUUUACUUUCUACUCUAAUCUGGACAAAUCGGUGGGCUCAGAACUACUUCAAGGAAAGAAUUCUGGAAAAAAAAAUUACUGGAAGAGUAAGAGGAAGGAGAAUAGGAGGGUGCUCAGAUGUGGAGUACACGGUCGGCUGCAUGCAUCUCAUGAGCGUCAUCGAGGAUGA